GGAUCAUUUACGUGGCUUCCAUCUUCUUCUACUCCGUCUUCCCCAUUGAUUCCGACGAGUCACAUCACUUCGAAAUCUGAGAACGAAGGGGAGAUCCCGAGAUCGAAGCUCAAGAUUUAAUUUUUCCCGGAAGCAAAGAGAGAAAUGGUGGGUAGUACUAGUAGCAAUAACUCGCUGUCGGGUCUACAAGAUCACUUGAAAUUAGCGAGAGAAUACGCACUAGAAGGCUCCUACGACACCUCAGUCAUCUUCUUCGAUGGCGCCAUUGCUCAGAUCAACAAGCAUUUAAACAGCCUUGACGAUGCCACGUCACGUACCAAAUGGAUGAACGUCAAGAAGGCGGUAAUGGAAGAGACCGAAGUUGUGAAGCAGUUGGAUGCAGAGAGGAGAGCGUUUAAAGAAGCUCCCACUGGUCGUAGCCGUCCUUCUUCUCCACCUAUCAAUAGCACCAAGUCCUCCUCCUUUGUCUUUCAGCCCUUGGAUGAGUAUCCAACCUCAUCAUCCUCCUCCGGUGCUCCGAUUGAUGAUCCUGAUGUCUGGAGGCCUCCUACUCGUGACGUCACUAGUCGUAGACCCGCCAGGGCUGGCCAAAGUGGUAUGAGAAAGUCACCUAACGAUGGGGCUUGGGCUCGUGGCGGUGGUCCAACAACGCGGGCGGCUCCAGCUACGCGUGGUGGGAGAGGUGGUAAGUCUGCUGCUGCAAGCGCACGUUCUUCCGCUGUGGGGAAGAAAGGAGCUGCCUCCAAAUCUACCAAGCCUGAGUCUACGAGUGGUGAUGGUGAAGAUGGGAAGUCAAAAAGGGGAUUGUAUGACGGGCCUGAUGAGGAUCUGGCUGCUAUGCUUGAAAGGGAUGUGUUGGACUCAACUCCUGGUGUUCAUUGGGAUGAUGUUGCAGGUUUGUCUGAAGCCAAAAGGCUGCUUGAGGAAGCGGUUGUUCUUCCUUUGUGGAUGCCUGAAUACUUCCAGGGUAUUCGGAGACCGUGGAAAGGAGUUCUCAUGUUCGGUCCUCCUGGGACGGGUAAAACUCUGUUGGCAAAAGCAGUUGCAACCGAGUGUGGUACAACGUUCUUUAACGUCUCUUCUGCUACAUUAGCUUCAAAAUGGCGCGGAGAGAGUGAGCGGAUGGUCAGAUGCCUGUUUGAUCUUGCCAGGGCAUAUGCUCCCAGCACAAUUUUUAUUGACGAGAUCGACUCUCUUUGCAAUUCGAGGGGGGGUUCGGGAGAGCAUGAGUCGUCAAGAAGGGUGAAAUCAGAACUCCUAGUUCAAGUAGAUGGAGUUAGCAAUACAGCGACAAAUGAAGAUGGUAGUCGCAAGAUAGUGAUGGUGUUAGCAGCUACCAAUUUCCCAUGGGACAUAGACGAAGCUCUCAGGAGGAGGCUGGAAAAACGUAUAUACAUCCCACUUCCAGAUUUAGAAAGUCGGAAAGCUCUUAUCAAUAUCAAUCUGAGAACAGUUGAGGUGGCGAGUGAUGUGAACAUUGAAGAUGUGGCUCGGAGAACAGAAGGGUACAGUGGAGAUGAUCUGACGAACGUGUGCAGGGACGCGUCAAUGAACGGGAUGAGAAGGAAGAUAGCAGGGAAAACGAGGGAUGAGAUAAAGAACAUGUCAAAGGACGAUAUCUCAAACGAUCCUGUGGCUAUGUGUGAUUUCGAAGAGGCCAUUAAGAAAGUGCAACCCAGUGUGUCUUCCUCCGAUAUCGAGAAACACGAGAAGUGGCUCUCUGAGUUUGGAUCCGCUUAAACCAACCCACUUUUUUCCCUAAAACAAAGUGAUGUGUGAGCUUUUUGUGUUUGUGUUUAUAUUGUUAUUUAUUAAUUUGCCAUUUGUCAGACUAUUCUUUUGUUUCUGUAUUACGUAUAUUCCAACUGGAAAAAGGACUUGUAUUUUUAUUUUAUUUGAAGGUUCAGAGAGACAACACAAGGAUUGUAUGAUAA